GAUAGAAACUCUAAUCUAGUUAUGAUUAAAUUAAUUUUCCUAAGAUACAAAAUGAAGGAAACAAACAUAACCAGAAUGUGAACAAUAAAUUUUAUCCACUCAAAUGCCUGCUAAUUCAUUAAGCAAGAAGUUGUGAAAAUCGUAAUACAUAAAGUGAAGUGUGAUGCUUUGAUGUUUUAUGUGUGUUCGUGUUUAACUUACUGUAGAGCAAGCUGCUCCUUAAUCUUUAGAAAUAUUAAUGUUUGUCUAUCAGUGAAAAAUUUACCAUUAAAAGAUUGUUAAUGUAUGUCCAAAAUAAAACAAAAUAAAUUAACAUAAAAUAGCAGAGCAUAUGAAUUUCUGCUGUGGUGUCUUUGGGUGCACUUUAAUUCAUCUAGUGUUUGUGGUCUUUAAAAGGACAGCCCUUAGUUGCAGUUGCUGUAUACAUUAGUAAAGUAUUAACACAAUGAGUGUAAACUUAAUAUAAACUAAAUGUACUUUCGGCAAGAAUAACAUCAUCAACCUGCCAAACCAGGCAGCAACGAGUUAAUGGUAAAAGUGGCAAAAACUCAAUUCACUACAAAAUUUAUAGAAAAAAAGAGUGAAAAAACAAAAACAAAAACGAAAUACAACCCAGUGAAAAUACCCCUGAAACAUAAAAAUACAACACGAAAAACAUGAACAGAACAACAGAAAAUAGCAACAGCAACAACCACAACAUUGAGAGCAGCAACAAAAAAGGAAAUCCCAUGGAAAAAAGUGAAAUGCGAAAUAUAAAAUUGCAAUAGAAAAACGGUUAAAAUAACAUCAAAAGCAAGUGCUGGUGAGCACGUGAUGCUUUCGAAUCGAAAUUACCUGGGCUAGAGGCAAAAAGUGCGAGAGAGAGAGAGGGAGAGAACUUUGGUAGGGUAUUGCCGCCUACCCUCACCUAAGCUGCUAGUGCAGGCAGGUGACCUCGUACGGUCACACUAAAAUUGAGUAGCAAACAAAAAAACAAAACGAAUGAGAGUUGAAAGCUGAAAACAAAACAAAACAAAAAAAAAAAAAUUAAACCUCAACGAAAGACAACAUUUUUGCAAGAAACCAAAGCAAACAUCGAAAGGACGACGACGACAGAGUGAACAAAAACAAAUCCCUACGCUAAUAGUGGCACAUUAAAAACCAAGUGUUGGCUGUAUUAAAUGCAUACAAGUGCAACAGUGCAAUGGCACCUCGUUAAUUCAAGGGAGAAAUUGAACAACAACAACGAAGAUAGAAAAAAAAAACACAACCAUAAUCAUUUGAAAAGAUUAACAUUAACGUACAUUACCAGGGUGCGGACCCUCGCCUUAAAUUAAAAACCGGGAAAACGCGUAAAACCAAACUAAACAUUAGACACGUAUUAAGACUGCAGGCCAUCCACCCUGCAUUUGGUUUCCUUCAAAGUGGGUUGUAAUCAAAAUUGAAUCUUAGCCCCCCCUCCCCCAUUCUUGGUCAUAAUGGCGGUUAGUAAUAUCGUUUGCGAGUGGCUACGAGCCCUAGGUUUGGGUCAAUAUGCGGAGAGUUUUCUCGACAAUGGCUACGAUGAUCUGGAGAUUUGCAAACAGGUCGGUGAUCCUGAUUUGGAUGCCAUUGGUGUGGAGAAUCCCUCACAUCGUCAUAAACUAUUGAAAAGCAUACGCCAGCUACGCGAAAAAGGUGCCGCCUCGGUUUAUUUUAUGCUCAAUGAUCCCAAUUCGUUAUCGGGUAGUGCUGAAAUUCUAUGUGUAACCCCGCCACCCAAUGAUUUGGAUAUUGUCAUACGUGAACAACUGGAAACGGAUGGAGUGCGACUGACCGCUCAUCCCUAUUCGACACCGGAUGGACAACGUGGUCAUUUAGAGGGCCUAGCAUCCGUUUAUUGUGAAUUGUUAAUGGCUCCCUUUGGAGAUAUUUUAAGUGCUUUAGAAAAUGCUCGCCAAGCAGCAUGGGCUGAACGCAGCCCCAUGAAUCCCGCCGGUGGCAGUGGGAGCAGCGGUAGUGGCAGUGGAGUCAGUGGCAUUGCCACACAACGACACCACGGUCAUCGAGGCAAUUCCAGUCGUGGUGGUCAUCUGCCCAAUAGUCAUAGUCAGCCCAUAUAUGUGCCAGGAAAGUAUUCGCCCUCCAGUUGCCUAUCGGAUAAAGAAGAGGAUGAGAUUUAUGGUUUCGGUUAUGGAGUGUUUGCACCACGUGUAGGCCGUGGUGCUUUGACGCAACAGCAACAUUUUAUACAGCAACAAACGCUACAACAGCAAGCCCAAAUAAGUCAGCAGCAGCAACAACAACAGCAGCAUCAGCAGCUGUCAUUAAUGCAAGGUGCUGUCAGCCAACAUCAUCAAUUACAACAACGCCAUCCUCAAAGUUUACAAUCCAUCCCGCCCAAUGCUGCCCAUCUGAAUUUUGUCCAACAAAAUUGCCUAAGUCCUCGUUCCGCUUAUUUUUAUGAAUUUCCUCCAACGACGGAGGGUCGAGAAACUAAAAAACGCACAACUUUAGCCCGUUUGUUAAAAGGUUUAAAGACCGUAAAUCGUCGAGAUCGCGCCAGCCAUCAAAAUACCGCAGCUCAAGCCCAAGUCAGAGCGGCAAACGAACGUUUAAGGCACUUUCAAACCUUAAACGGUGGCCAUCAACAUAGUUUCGAAGAGACAAUCCAUAGGUUAAAAGUACAAGAGGCAAUGCGUAAAAAGGAGAAAUUUCAAAGGGAACACGAAGAGAUACUUCGUGACAUACGAAAGGGUCUACUGCAGAUGGGCAGGGAAGGCAAAAUCGAUGACACCUAUAUGUAUGAUGAUGCUUUGCGGGGACCCCAUUAUGCUGUUAGCGGCAUUCAUCCACAGGGUCAUUGGUAUGAUGAACCACCAUAUGAAAGUGACCCAGAUGAUUUUCUCAUGUCCGGCCUUAACUAUGGACCAGCAGCAACAAUACAGGGUGGACGUGUUCGAUUCUCUUCCAAUCGUGAUAGUACUGGUGUCAUUUCAUUACGUUCGGCGGGCGACAUUUCAUUGCCACAACGAGGACCACCGAGAAGAGGUCUCAUCUUACCUCAACAACCACCGAAUCCACCGACAAUAAUUCCUUUAACACAUGCCAGAUCACACGACCGUGAAAGUGGUGAUUAUGCUGGCUCAAUAUCAGAUCUUCAAAGUGUUACCUCCCGUCUCAGCACAGUGUCGAUUAGUACCAAUAAUUGCACGGCUCGUUAUCGUACUCUGAGUGGUGGCCUUGGCAAUUCACCGUCUCUGUCACCAAGUCCUUCGUCCGAUUAUGAAGACAUUGGGAUUGGAGCACCACGUGCCUUGCCUCCCAGUUUAGCGGCGAAGGUUAAAAAGAAUGGAGCAAUUGCAACAAAAUCAAAUACAAUUAGCCAGAAGGCAACCAUACAUCAUACCAACGAAAUGCGAAACUCACAAAAGGAAAUUGGCACAUUUAAUGAGAAUGGAGUGCGAAACUUUGUUGCCACAAAGGAUACUUCAAGGGAUUUCAGCAAUUCCCAAGAUAAUACGGACCGGGGCAGUAUGAGCGAUCAGGCCUUUGCAUAUUCAGCGAGUUCGGUGGAAAGUUUACCCAGUGCUUCCGGUUCAAGCACUCAGGCUCUAGUACGUCCAGGCAGUCCGCAAAGUUCCAUUUCCACGGAUGAUCGCAUCUCGUUAGCAGCGCCCAUAUGCAAGGCAAAGGCUCUUGUCGAUAGCAUGGCAAAUCCUUAUGAUAAGGAUGCACUUAAAUUUAAGAAAGGUGACAUAAUAGAGGUGCUUUCAAUGAACGCCUCCGGUAUAUGGAAGGGUCGUUGCCAUGGCCGUGUGGGUCAUUUUAAGUUUAUCAAUGUCGAAGUGUUGCCAGAUCAGCGUCUUAAGCAUUCGCAUAGUAAGACCUUAACGGGUCUCACGGGCAAAAGUCUAAGUGCAGCCAUGGGAGCCGGCAGUGGUGGUGGCAGGCAUCUGUCUAACGUCAAUGGACCCCAUUCGGUGGAGGAUUUACUGAUGCGCAUUGGCUUAAAGGAGUACACAUCAGUGUUCGUUUUAAAUGGCUACGAGGACCUGGAACUGUUCAAAGAACUUGAACCUGCUGACUUGGAUUAUUUGGGUAUUGUUAAUCCGGAUCACCGCACCAAGUUAUUGACAGCCGUGCAGCUGUUGCAUGAUAUGGACUGUGCUUCCAAUUUCCCCCAAACCGGCUCGGAUGUGGAUAUAGCCGGCUCCAGUUCGGAAAACGAUGAGGCUCGCCUCAAUAAUAUUAAUAAAAAACAUGCAGCUUCGCCAUUUGGACGCCGUCAUUUUCCCCGUGACUCGGGUUGCUAUGAAGGCUCGCCGGUACCCACCUCGCAAACACCCACACAGACAUUGGCCUCCACCGACGAUUCGAAUAGUCUGGACGAUGUGGUCUCCAAGUGUUCGAGUGAAAUAAUGAAAAGAGUAGAGAGUGCCAAGCGAGUUAAGGAAAAUCCCUUCCGCACCAAUACCGCCCUACCGCCAAGAGUGGGCAAGAAAUCUCUGCUUGGCGGUGGCAGCCUAAUGUCCGAUGAUACUCUGAUACGCGGGGGUGGUUUAAGUGAAAAGUCCAGUGAUUCGGGGGUAAGCAGUAGUUCGCUAUCUUCGGGUCCCAUGAAGAAUAGCACUUAACAUUUACCCACCAUACUCGCCCAUGAACUGCUGCUGGGCGUUCCUUUGUCCAGCAGUGGCGAGACUUUGUGUGGUGCCAUUUCGCCCACCACCUCAGUGGCAUCGGCUGGUAUACCCGGUACUGCUGCUGCUAAUGCUUCCAUUUACCUAAGAUCCCUGGGGGCCGAGGAGAACACCUGCAGCACCCUACCCCAUAUGCCCUCGCAAACGACCAACAGUCAGGGAUCGAAUGUUUCCGGCAUACCUUCUUCGAAUAUGCAACUAAAUCGCAAUUUGGUUAUGCUAAGGAAUCAUUUGCGUAAAAACACCAAUGUCCCGACUUUGGGAACAAUGGGCAGCAGCAACAGCAGCAAUGCCGCCAAUAUCAGCACCAAUACCAUCAACAGCACCGGCAGCAAUGGCAGCAGCCACAGCAGCAAAGAGACCAACGAACAAUAGCCCUUUGGCCAAUUUUAUGAUUUUCUCAAAUUAUUUUCCUCAUUUGCUAUUUUGCGUAAUCGUAGGGCUAUGUUGUCCAGAAGUUCAUCCACUCAACAACUUUUCAUGUAUUAUUAAAGUAGGACGAAAAAUAGUAGCUGCAGACAGACUCUACAAGGAAUGUAUAUUAUUGUUUAUUUUUUUUUUUCGUAAUUAUUAUUUUUAAUUUGUGUAUAGCAACAUGAUGUGUGUAUUUUUUAGUAACACUGCUAUGUCUGCCUUAAGGAUGAGGUUUUGUAUAAACCAAUUUUUUUAUAUUUUUAUCUGACAAUUUUUGUUUGAUAAUCUCUAGAGUAUCGACAGACUAUUUCUAUUGACAAAAUUUUAGUUUCGUCUUUGAAAUCUUUGAGGUCAUAAAUAUUUAAUGUAAAUAACUGUUGAUUGCCAAUUGUUUACUGAUAAAAGUUAAAUUUUGCUGAAAAAGAAUAGCAAAAUUAAAUGUUUGUAUAGUCAUGCGGCCUUAUUCAAAAAACUUUAUGAAGCCUUAAAUUUUUUUGUUCUAUAAAGGAAAUCGGUCAAAUACUUCUAUUUCGAAUCUAUAUUAAGUUUUGUGAAUAAAACCGAUAUGCUUUGAGCAUAUGGACCAUUCCACAACAAAACACAUGUUUCAGAUGUUUACUUGACGAGUGUACUGUCCACUAAAUUUCAGGGGGAUGGCGUGACCCCCAAUACUUUGAUCUGAUUUUCUUUGCCAGAUUCGAAAUCUACUCCCGAAUACCUUUCAUUUGAGUCCCAUAUUGAAACGAACGUCCAAUAUGUCUGUUUGGGGUAGUUU